CCCACGUGAAUCGCUCCGGACAUGUGAGGCGCUGUACGUCCACAGAGGUUUUAUUCGCGGUUUAAACUCAGUAGAUCACAUAUUUGCUUUCUAUGGUUAUCGAUAAUAAGACCAUGGAGUUAGUAGAAGAGGAGGCGCUGCUCGGUCAGGAGUCAGAGGAGGAAAACAGUGAAUUAUCAGACGAUGAGCUUCAAGAAGCCUUCGCCAAAGGGUUGCUGAAGCCAGGGAUGAACCUUCUGGUGGAUAAACCUAAAAAGUUUGCCAACAAUGUGGAGGGGUUGAAACAGUGCCUUGCUGACUUCCGUAAAGACCUUCCCUGGGUGGAGAGGUUGGAUAUGACCAACUUGCCAGUUGAUGCCAUUGUUUCCAAGGCUGAAGGGAAAGCUCCUAGUCUUACCAAUGGAGAACUCAAUGCAGAUGAUGAUUUCCAGAGGGAGAUGUUCUUCUACCGUCAAGCUCAAGCUACUGUCCUUGAGGCGUUGCCCCUCUUAAACAAGCACGGCAUAGCCACCACGAGGCCUGACGAUUACUUUGCAGAGAUGGCCAAGUCAGAUCAGCACAUGCAGAAGAUCAGGAAAAAGCUCAUCUCAAAGCAGAUGAUACUGGAGAAGUCGGAGAAGGCCAAGAAGCUGCGUGAGCAAAGGAAGUUUGGCAAAAAGGUCCAAAUAGAAGUGAUCCAGAAGAGGCAGAAAGAGAAGAAGGCUAUGAUGUCUGCUGUAAAGAAAUACCAGAAAGGAAUGACAGACAAACUGGAUUUCUUGGAGGGAGACCAGAAGGCUGGUAAAGACUCUUCUCAGGGCUCAAAGAAAGCGUUGAACAAGAAGGGCCCCAACGCCAAGAGAAAAUACAAGGACCAGAAGUUUGGCUUUGGAGGCAAGAAGAGUGGAAAGAAGUGGAAUACCAAAGAGAGCUACAACGAUGUUUCCAGUUUCCGCGCCAAGAUGGCCCAUGCAAAGGGCGGCAAGGGAGGGAAGAAAGGCAAAGGAGGAAAACAAAAUAAACGCCCAGGCAAGGCCGUACGCAAGAAAAUGAAGGCUCGCUCGUAAAACCUGACAGACUGGUCAACAGGCUGGACUAAGACUUGCUUUUAUAGGCAGGAUUUCCCACACCUGCUCCCCAGUCUGUCCUCAGUACACCUCAGGAGACAUGUAGGGGAAAUCUCCCACGCUUUUUGUACAAUAUGCUUUCUGUAAACUGUGUCUGGAUUGAUAUGGAGGAAUCUAUACACCCCCUUGAAGCCACAGAGAGAGAGAGUUGUCCUGCCAUAUUGCCAAGGAAGCUGAAGGACACUGUUGGUUAAGAAAAGUCGAGCAGACUGCAUAGAGCUACCCACAAUGCAAAGUGAUUUUCCCACAUGCAGUUUCCAUAAGGCUUGUACCGAAAAAGAGAAUCUGAAUGUGAAGAAACCGUCAUAGACAUGUUUUUGUUGUUUGUGGCUCUUGUCGUCUCUGUGUGCCUGACAAAUGAGGCAGUUUUAAAGCCACUUUCAGGAAUUCUACCCUGGUACCCCCGGAGUUUGGUGUAUUCUGUUUUAUUUUUUUCUAACUCAGCUCCUUGUCUCAUUGAUUCUCUCUCCUGUGACAUGACAUUUUAUAAUAUUGAGCAGCUGUCAGCGUUGCCCUUUCCCAUUCAUUAAUAUGAUUAGUAUGUGAUGGGCCUGUGUGCUUUGUAUAGACCUGUGCAAAUGUUUCCCCUGCAAGUGUUUUUCUUAGUUUGCAAAGAUGGAAAUAUAAAAGGGCAACUUCUGGUGCUGACGCCUGUGUGUUUGUAUGAUAAACAAAUAAAUCGGGACACAGGUGUUCACUUCAUGGUGAUCUCCAUUCUGUAUUUAAUGGUCUAAUUUGACCAUCGCAGGGUAGAUUCUUUGUGUUUGGUGACGUCUGUGCUGAGUCGGUAGAAACUGAGUCUCUUGUCAUUGCGGUUCAAUGGAAUCUGGGGAAAUAAAAUGGUCAGAUUUAGCAUUUGAUCAGGAGAUACAGCUGGAUUUAAAUGACCAUUACUUAAGACCAGAGAACAGCUUAUGCUUCGAUGGUUCAUUUUGGGUUUGACUGUUGAUACACACAAGUUUCAAGCUCAAUUUUAACUAAUAAUGCGAAGUUGUACACAUUGCAGCACAAUUUUGCCAAUUUUACAGAGUUUACCAUUGUGAUCAGUCCUUGUAUGCACAUCUCUAUAAAUCAGUUCUCUUUGGGUCUGUUAUAUUUCUGCUUUCUGUGGCUCCCUGCAGUUCAGUUAUUAACUCGAAUGAGCAGUCAGAGCAUGUUUUCCUCACCAGUGGAGCUGACACCCAUCCUAUCUCCUGGCUCUCAGUCAGUGGCAUUGUGUACUUCUUGGUGGGCUCCUGGCGGGCCUUGUGGAAGGCCUUGAUGAAGUCCGCUGGAAAAGAGAGAUGUACAUGCAUGAUGUGUGACACAGAUGUUUCCAAACCUUCAUUGUCUCUAACUGCUCCACCCUGCUUGGUAUCACAUGGGUUUGGAGUAAGGUGAUAGUGUCUUUAACUGAUAUUUAUCCAGGAUAGAAGAAAAGAGCAAAAACAUUUUCUUUGUCUUUAGUUUUAAGGGGAUCAGUGUAAACUUACAGUUCUCUGCAAUUGCUUCAGUCGGUUUCCUGGACAUGGGCUUGUCUGGCAGGAUAUGCACUGAAAGGUAAUUAAGACAUAUGCACACACAUUGUGACAAGAAAGGCAAUAUACAAUGCAACAAGCUGUACAGUUUAAUAGCAGAUACAGCCGGCUUUUUAUAUUAGACACAACUAUACAUUUUGUUUUGUGUUAUUUCGAUGUUUCACUUAAGUAGCCCCAAAUGGUCUUUAUAUUUCCAAUAUUUAUAUUGGACCGUGACCGUCUGUGAUCUCAUUUAGAGCUAUUUAAGAUAACAACCACCCCCCCCCCAAAAAAUAGUAGUUUGCUCACACUUCCUGUGUGGAUUGAUGCUGAACUCCGUGUGAAGCUUCUGGUGUCUUUGCUCUUUCCGUAUCGUCUCAACGUGAAUCGCGUUUUGAUGGACCAAAUCCCGUUUCUCGUUCGCUGCCAUGUUGAAAAGUAAAAAACUAAAACUCUUUCAGCGACGUGUUUGGGGUAUAGGUCGGACUUCUGUGGCCGUCACCUAGCAACCAUAAACACAGCCCGAAGCUGCAGUAGCAGGAUCAGACCACACGAUGGCGCAACGCGCUCGGAUUUGGUCGUGAUGAGGGCGCAUAACAGCCUAAGAGAGUACUUUCUGAGUUUGCAUAAUAAUGAUGUUUUUAUUAUUAUUAUUGAUUAAUCUGUUAAUUAUUAGUGUUGUUGUUAUUGUUUUUUUUUAUUAAUCAGUCACUCCUGUGGUCUAUAAAAUAUUUCAGUUUACUAUCAAGACAUUAAAAAUGUCAGCUGAAACUGCUGAUUUUUUUGAAGUGAUUAAUUGAUUCUCAAAAUAGUUUCCCAUUAAUUUUCUGUCAACUGACUAAUCUAGUGAUCAGGUAAUGGUUGCAGUUUUUACAUUAUAAAUAUACUCAGUGUACAAUACAUCCCACGGGUGCUUUGCAUUUGUUCCAUUUCUCAGUUUAAAUCUAUGAAGUCUAAAGCACUUUGCUGUGUUAUUGCUAUUCAGUCCUUUUAAAAACAUCCUCAGAAGUUAAUAAAGACAAGGAUUCAGAGUGAAAUUUGGGUGCCGCAUUUUUCCCACAGUGACUGUUGAGCAUGUUUAUAGUAAACAUGCUCAGGUUUAUGGACACUACAUUCAGUGUUAGAUCUAAAAUUUUUGCAACAUUUUCUCUCAGAUUUUCUCUACUUUGGAUGAUAAGGUUACUCAUCAACAAAUCUUGUUGAUGUUGAAAUAUGGCUGGUCUGGUCUCUCAGAGCUUUGCAGUCUUCCAGAAGCCAUUUGUUCAUCCUAACACACGCCGUAUUUCCUUCAAAGCACCACUGCUUUGUGCCAUGUUGAAAAUGUUUGCCUGGAGCAAACAAACCCAUCAAAAUGUGGUGGAAGAGCACUGAAUGAAUGAAUCUGUCCAAGCCGCGUGAAAAUGCCUGAGUACAGUGUGAUAUUUUUUUUUUUUUUUUUUGCUUGCAUAUGUUUUCUUAGGGCGACACAUGACAGUUGAGGCAUUUUUCUCAGUUCACUCACCAGGACUGUCUGCUGUAAGUCUACACAAACUCACACACCAGCCUGAGUGUAUGCGUGUGUGAAGGCAUCUGCGAAACCUAAUGGCUUUGAACAUUUCACACAAACAAGAAACAAACUUUUCGGAAAGUAAUGAGAAAUACCCAGAAGACCAGUGACCUUGUGACAGUGCAGUGUGUGUUAAAAAAAAAAAAAAAGAAAAAAAGAAAAAUAGAGUGGCAUUUCUUCACAUU